CAUUACCUUCCAUCGAUCAGCAGGUGCGGGAAAAUUAAUCACCCAUUAUUUUCUCUGCAUCUGUACGGACCACACACCACCAUUUUGAUCUCUCCUCCAAUUAAAUCUCGAAAAGAGUUAACCUUGCCUUGAAAUCAAGAAUACCCACUUGAAUUUUAGGAGAAUCAAUUAGAAAUCUGUUCCGAGAAAAGUGAAGAGAGAAAGAAAUCAAGAAUAUGCCGUCGUUGGAAGACGAAUUGUUUCCAUCUACGCCUGGUAAGUUCAAGAUCGAGAGGACUCACGCCAUGAAUCGCCAAUUCUAUCGGUGUUUCGCUUCUACAAGCACUAUGUUCUUGUGGGCUCUCUUCUUGAUUGCUCUCACCGCUUCGUAUCUCAGUUUUCAGAGCUUUGUCGAUUCUGGUAGCCGGUAUUUUGCCGCUUCUUGGGGAGGAAUUCAGUGGGAGAAGCAGGUGAGAAACUCCGCCCAGAUCCACCGGUCUGGUGGCAUGGCCGUAUUAGUCACCGGUGCUGCCGGUUUUGUUGGGUCCCACGUUUCACUGCAACUGAAGAAACGCGGCGAUGGCGUGGUUGGGAUCGACAAUUUCAACAACUACUAUGAUCCGUCGCUCAAGAAUGCCCGCAAAUCGCAACUUGACAACCACGGAAUCUUCGUCGUCGAAGGGGAUGUCAACGACGCGCGGCUUCUCGCCAAGCUAUUCGACGUCGUGGCUUUCACUCACGUGAUGCACUUGGCGGCUCAAGCCGGAGUCAGGUACGCAAUGGAGAACCCUCACUCGUAUGUCCACAGCAACAUAGCCGCGCUUGUCACGCUUCUUGAGGCUUGCAAAUCGGCUAAUCCUCAGCCUGCUAUCGUCUGGGCUUCUUCAAGCUCGGUUUACGGCUUAAACGAGAAGGUCCCAUUCUCCGAAGCUGAUCGGACGGACCAGCCGGCGAGUCUCUACGCGGCUACAAAAAAGGCAGGUGAAGAAAUCACACACUCAUACAACCACAUUUACGGGUUGUCAAUUACCGGGUUGAGAUUUUUCACUGUUUACGGUCCAUGGGGUAGACCCGACAUGGCCUACUUUUCUUUCACCCGGAAUAUCUUGCAAGGGAAGCCAAUCACGGUAUAUCGGGGCAAGGGCCGGGUCGACUUGGCGCGGGAUUUUACAUACAUUGACGACAUAGUGAAGGGUUGUUUGGGAUCAUUGGAUACAGCAGGGAAGAGCACCGGGUCGGGUGGCAAGAAAACGGGUCCUGCAGCUUACCGGAUCUUUAACUUGGGUAAUACUUCUCCGGUGACUGUACCGACAUUGGUGAGUAUCUUGGAGAGGCACUUGAAGACGAAAGCGAAGAAGCGGUUCGUAGACAUGCCCGGAAAUGGUGAUGUGCCGUUCACGCAUGCGAAUAUCAGCUUGGCCCGAAGAGAAUUCGGGUACAAACCCACAACCGAUUUGAAUACCGGGUUGAGAAAGUUUGUUAAGUGGUACCUAUCUUACUACGGCUACAAUCCCGGCAAGGCUGUAAAUUAAUUUUCUUUUUCUUCUUUUUUUGUUAAGAAAAAAUUCUGUAAAAGAAGAAAUUGGGUUAAAAAAGAAAAUUCCGUUAUGGAAAAAAGGGACACAGGAUAUUCUUCUUUUCUUGGGGAGCAGUCAAAAAGGCAAAACGGCUGAGUCCUCUGUAGUUUUGUUGUUUUCUUUUUAUUUCUUUUGUGCAAGUAAGGAAGGCUCUCAAUUUCCAAGUUCCUAUUGUUUUUUCCUGA